AGGGUUUUAUAGCAUCACACCACUAUGAGUUGUCUGCUUCUCAGCCGUCUCUCAAGGCUCUGUCUGAGGAAACCACCUGCACUAGGAGUUAGGGGAAGAUACUUCUGUGGCUCUCGGUUCUUGUCCCAAACCCCUAUCUAUCGCAUUGUACGCGCUGAUGAUUGUCGAUAUAGUUCGGAGGAUGUGAGUGUCGGCAGACUCGUGGUUCGCAAUGUAAAUGCUUCGGAGGAAAAGGACGAGGUUUUGGAAAAGAUGGUCCCCGCGGAUUUGAUGAAUGGAACGAUAGGAGGAUCCCAUGGUUGGGUAGCUACUAUGGACGAAUACUUUGUGCGUCUUUACGAUGAUCUAAACCCGGGAGCGUCGGAUUCAGAUCCGAAGAGAAUCGUACUGGGUCGUCCUAAAACGCUGCCUCAUUGCCAAACCGAACUGGUAACCAACGUGGCCAUGUCCUCUUCUCCUGAGGACGAAGACUGCAUUCUGGCCGUCAAAUUCUUGGGACCUCAACUCAGCUUUU